AUGACUGAAGAUAUCGAAAACAAGAAGACUGCCCUAGAGGAAACAACACAGGAGCCAAAACCUGCCCAGGAAGAGGAGGAUCAGGAUGUCGAGAUGACUGGCGAUGAAGAGCAAGAGGACGAACCAGACAGAGAAAAGAUCAAGCUUUUAACACAGGCCACGUCUGAAGACGGCACCAGCGCCUCUUUCCAGAUUGUUGAAGAAGACCACACACUGGGCAACGCUCUGCGUUACAUCAUAAUGAAGAACCCAGACGUAGAGUUCUGCGGUUAUUCGAUACCUCAUCCUUCUGAAAACCUGUUAAACGUCAGAAUUCAGACCUACGGUGAAACUACCGCUGUGGAGGCCUUACAGAAGGGAUUGAAGGACUUGAUGGAUCUGUGCGACGUCGUGGAAUCUAAAUUCACCGAAAAAAUCAAGAGCAUGUAG